UUGGCCCAUUGGCGACUUUGGACCCUAUGGUCGCAGAAACGUGCAGUUCAUCAGCUCAGUGAAGUUGAGCAUCACGUAGACUUGACCUAUAGCUGAGGGGAUGCUACAGUGACCCGAGUCCUGUGAUUCACUCAGGAAUAAACACUGGCCACUGUUUUAUGCUGUUUGGGGCCCCAAUCAAUGAUCUAUUUUUGCAGUGUGAAGCAAGAAGAGGUUGAAGACAUCCUGGAGACAUGGCUGAAGGUGGCUGUGCAAAGACCGAGGAGGAGGAAGCCGCGAGCUCCGAGGAAGACUCGAGCUCGGUCCGUGGAAGUGGCUUCUGCAAAUGGUUUAACGUGCGGAUGGGCUUCGGCUUUCUGUCCAUGACCCACCGGGAGGGCAUCUGUCUGGACUCACCCGUGGAUGUGUUCGUCCAUCAGAGCAAGCUUCAUAUGGAGGGCUUCCGCAGUCUGAAGGAAGGAGAAGCUGUGGCGUUCACCUUCAAAAGGUCCUCUAAGGAUGCUUCAACUGUGGAGGGCCGAAUCAUCACGCCAAAGAAUGCCAACUGCCACCUCAGCCGAAAAAGUGCCAUUUUUGCCAAAGCAUCACCCACAUGGUGGCCAACUGUCCAAUCAAAGCACAGCAGUUGUCCCCGGGAUCUCAGGGAAAAUCAACAGCCUCCACUACAGGAGAAGAAGAGGACAUGA